AUGUAUGUGAAAUGGUUUGAUACAGUAAUGUUUUACUACGUGAUUUUAGUGUAUUUACUGAAUGUCACUUUUUCACAUUUUUACAUUUCCCGCCGUUCCGUCCCCCAUACGUCCUGACGUCGCAAGGAACGGAACCCAGAAGACAGAUGCCGGCAUUGGCCGGAGGACAUUGCCGGGGGCAAAGGACAAGGUAAGUGAAGAAGAGGUCCCGGAGCAGCGCUGCAAGGUAUUCCUGAGUGUAGCUCGGGGUUACCGCUUGUGCUACACUCGGGAAUACCGCCAGGGGGUU